AUGAGAGUGCAAGACCCUAUGAAGCGCAGCACCUCCCUCAUGGAGUGGGCAGGAGGUCUCAGGGACCAAGAGGAGGUCAGGAGGCAGGCGCUGGGAGGCGUCAGCGAUGGGGAGAGAAAGAAGCAGCUCGCUGUAAGGUUGCUGAGCAAGCUUGCCGCCUCGUAUGGUCUGGACAAGCAGGCGAUCUCGACUCGUCUCCGCGCACGCACCACCACCCCCACUCUCCGUGACGUCGCAGAGCUCGGGCGACACCUGUCGAGUGAUCCCAAGGCACAAGGGAAGAACAAGUCGCUCCUUCAGUCUCCCGUCUCUGACCCUGCCGCUCCCUCAGAGGCGCUGCGAGCAAGGAUGGAUGACCAACGCGUUCCUGAACGAGACGAGUGGUUCCUUAUCAACGUGUUCGAGGAGAAGAGGCUGCAGGAGCGCACGAGGGAAGAGAUGGAGAAGAAGAAGAUGAUGUCCAGAAUCUUGAGACAAACUUUGGACAUCCAACAGCAAGAGGUGAAGGCCCGACAUGGUCUUUGUGCGGGUCUGAGAGUCGGAUCACAGUUAGAAGAAGCAAACCUGCAGUCUCUUCAGGAUCAGCGAGAGGAAGCAAGGCGAUUGCUGGAAGCCAGGCAGGCCGAGCUGCGUGAGGAGCGAGCGAAGCAGGAGCAGGAGGAGGUGCUCAAGAAAAAGCAGAGGGAGCAAGCAGACAAGUCUCGCCGGGAGAGCAUUGACAAGAUCAGGCAGAAGGUGAAAGAAGAGCAGGAGAGCGAGAUGGCAGAGAUCCGAAAGAUCAAGAAGGAGUUGAAAGAGGAGGCAAAGAGAAUCAAGCAGAAGAAGCAGAAGAUGCGGGAGGAAUAUGACGAGUUGAUGCGAUACAACGAGGAAGAAAAGGCGAGGAACUCAAGGGAGCUGAAGCAGCAGGUCUUGCUGGAUAUCCAGGCGGCGAAAGAAUACGAGCAGGUGCUGCAAGAACGAGAGAACCAGCGGCAGCUGGCGCUUGAAGCCAAGAAAGAGUUGCAAAUGAAGCACGAGGAGAAGGCGAGGAAGCUUGAGGCGCUGAGACAGCAAGAGAGAGAUCAAGAUCAGAUGAAAGCAGACAAGAGCAGCAAGAACCACCAGGAGAAAGUGGAUAAGAAGCGCAAGGAGGAUGAGAGAAUGAAGAAGGAGACGCGAGACCGCUGGGUCGCCGACCUCAAGGAUCAAAUGGAGCAUCAAAGGCACGAGAAUAUAUCGCGAGGUCAACUUGGUGACGAGCAAAUGAGCAGGCGAUUGGAGAGGGAGGCGAUGGAGAGAAAUCGAGCAGAAGCAGUGAAGAUCUUGGAGGCAUACAAGCAAGAGAUCAUCCUCAACAACCAGAAGGUUGCGCAGCGACGCCGGGAAGCUUUCCGCCAUCGUGAGUUGCUCGAGACUCAGAUCGAGGAGGUAGGGGAUAGAGGCCAGACUGCCGGGAGGUGA